UGUUUGUUUCCCAGGAGAAACUGGGUCGACGGUAGAAUUCUCGUUUCACUUUUAUGGUUGGAUUAGCAUCAUAACAAAGCGUUGAUGGAGAGAAGAGGAACAAAUGAUGUUGUUCUCCAGAUUUCAAGCCCUGAAAAUUCUACUUCAAUGGCAGAAGCUGCUGGCUCUUACACUUCGCACAGGAAUCUCGAGAGUCUCGCCAGGGUCCGAGUUUCAACAACUACUCCAAUUUCAUCUCCCGCUAGAGAGAUAGCAAAUAUGAGUCCAACUCUAAAUAAGCCUCCCAAAAUCCCCAUUGAUAACAGGCUUACUCCAAUAAAAUCCCUUGCAAGAUCAGCCUUUUCGAAGCCGAAAUCAAGAUUUGUGGAGCCAUCGUAUCUAAAAGAUGCUAAAAUGGUGGAAGAAAACAAUACCCAGAUCUUGAAUCCAAGCUUAUCACCUUAUAGGAACUCCCCUGCAGCAGCUUCACCAAACAACAAAGCUAAUAAAUCAGCUCCCAUUACUCCAAAAACGCCUUUGAUCUCACCAGGGCUAGAGGAGGAAGACGAAGAGGAGGUUUACAAGACGGCUGAUCUUAAAGUCAGUCAAAAACCAAGUAAAAAAUGGAAGAUUUUGCUUUGGGUUGAGCUUCUUGUGUUUAUCUGCAUCAUGGGGCUUCUUGUUGCUAGUUUGACAUUGGACAAGCUUGAAGAAACUAAGAUUUGGAGCCUGGAAUUGUGGAAAUGGUGUGUGUUGGUUUUGGUCAUUUUCUGUGGCAGAUUGUUUACUGAAUGGAUGAUGAACAUUGUUGUAUUUUUGAUUGAAAAGAACUAUUUGCUUAAGAAGAAAGUUCUGUAUUUUGUUUUUGGAUUGAAAGGCAGUGUCAGGCUAUUCGUCUGGUUGGGUCUGGUCCUUUUGACUUGGGGUUUGUUGUUUAACCGUGGGGUUAAGAGAUCAAAGAAGGCCAAUAGGGUUCUAAAUUAUAUCACCAGGGCCCUUGCUUCAUGUCUCAUUGGAUCAGCUAUCUGGCUGGCCAAGACCCUUUUUGUUAAGCUUUUGGCAUCUUCUUUCCAAUGCACCAGAUUCUUCGAUCGGAUUCAAGAAUCGAUUUUUCAUCAGUACAUUCUCCGAGUUCUCUCGGGACCUCCGGUCAUGGAGAUGGCCGAGAACGUCGGGAGAAGCACGAGCGUUGGCCAGUUGAGUUUCACGAAUUUGGUGAAGGACAAAGGAGGGGAGAAGCAAGAGGUGAUUGAUGUGGAUAGGCUUAAGAAGAUGAAGCAAGAGAAAGUGUCUGCUUGGACCAUGAAAGGAUUAAUCAAUGUGAUAAGUGGUUCGGGGCUGUCCACCAUUGCUAAUUACAUCGAAGAUGUUGACGAUGAAGAGAACGAGCACGUGGAUGAGGAAAUAACGAGCGAGUGGGAAGCAAAGGCCGCCGCUUAUCGGAUAUUCAAGAAUGUAGCAAAGCCUGGUAACAAGUACAUCGAAGACGACGAUCUCUUGCGCUUCAUGAAAAGGGAGGAAGUCGACAAUGUGCUUCCGUUGUUCGAAGGUGCUGUAGAAUCCGGAAAGAUCAAGAGAUCAACUUUCAAGAGUUGGCUGGUGAAUGUUUACUUAGAACGCAAGUCAUUGGCACAUUCCUUAAAUGACACCAAGACAGCAAUAGAGGAGCUUAACAAGCUCAUCUCGGUGGUGGUGCUCGUCGUGACGAUCGUCGUGUGGUUACUCAUGAUGGGAUUCUUAUCGACCCAAGUACUCGUUUUCAUUUCAUCUCAGCUCUUACUCGCCGCAUUCAUGUUCGGUAACACUGCAAAGACCGUAUUCGAAGCCAUCAUAUUUGUAUUUGUGAUGCACCCUUUCGACGUCGGCGACCGUUGUGUCAUUGAUGGAGUACAAAUGGUCGUCGAGGAGAUGAACAUCCUGACGACGGUAUUUCUGAGGUACGAUAACGAGAAAAUAUUCUAUCCAAAUUCGGUUCUGGCGACCAAACCGAUCAGCAACUUUUACAGGAGCCCGGACAUGAGUGAUUCCGUAGAGUUCACAGUCGAUGUUUCAACAUCGAUAGAGCAAAUAGGAGAGCUAAAAGCUAAAAUAAAAGAGUACCUGGAGAGUAAGCCCCAGCAUUGGCGACCUGGACAUAGUGUGCAAGUGAAGGACAUUGAGAAUGUGAAUAAGAUGAAAAUGGCUCUUUAUAUGACUCACACCAUUAACUUUCAGAACUACGGCGACAAGAGCAGCCGGAGAUCGGAGCUGGUGUUGGAACUGAAGAGAAUUUUCGAAGCUUUGAGUAUUAAAUACCAUCUUCUGCCUCAAGAAGUUCAAGUCACCUAUGUUGGUUCAGCUGCUUAUGCACUUCAUCAACCUGCUAGAUGACGGUCUCGUUUCUCUUCAUUCUAAUUUGCAUUC